AUGGCCAACUACCGAUAUGCCAAAGAGACAUCUGGCCUACCAUUCUUCCAGAAUCUUGUACAUCAAGCAGAGAAUGGAAACCCUCCAUCAGACACGAUACCAUACUGGAGACAGAUAGAGUUGAUGGCAAUCAUUGCAGCUACAAUGUCCGAACAGACCAUGGCCAUGCUCAAGUCCAGCAAGCACCACAGAUGUGCCUUGACGGAAGAUCUGAUAUGGGAACUGCCAAAACCCACGCUUGAUGCUCAUCGAAGAUUCAGCGAGCAAAAAGACAACUUGUGCACUGAACAGGAAGCCACAACAGCCACAUACACACUAGAGCGUGAACAACUUCUCCAUUCGGACCUCCUGGAUCCAGACGUCAAAUACCUUUUGGUUGCUCAGCGUGGGGUUCUCAACGCCUUCACCGAUUUGGACAUCGCAUACCAGAUCUGUGGGACAUAUGAGCUACAACUCAAAAACGCCGACCUCAGCAUGCGAGCAUACGAUGUGGCCUUUGGGGUGGAAAAAUUGUUCCAAGAGGUGUACUGGCAUCUUCAACUCCUGGUAGCUAAGCAUCCAUGGUUGGAACCUGACCUCGACAAUCUCAUCGACUAUCAUUGCCUGAAGCUUUACUUUGACGACCGCUUCGCGGACCCCGAAACCAGCCACGCAUUCCGGUUCAAGUGCUCUAUUUGCGAAGAAGAUCUGUACACCUACUCUCCUCCUGCUCGGCUGCGAGAGGAAUUUGAAGCAAAGAAAUCUGCAAGAGCCGCAGGGAACAAGCUGGAAAUGGGUCCAAGUAUCUGUCGUGCAGUAGGUCCUAUGAUCUGCUCAGAUUGUCAUACUGGAUUCCACGCAGAAUGCCUCGUUACCAAACUCAGUCCUACUCGGGGAGGCCUUUGCCCUAAUUGUAAGAAAUGGAAGUCGAAAGAAGUGUGCCAAGGUAUUCUGGACGACCAUAUCCCAGCGCAGCGAUUCAUCAACAUCUUUGACAAGAUCGAUUCUACCUACAAACUCGUUGGUUCUGAAGAACACAUUAGAGGCGACAGAGCUAGCGGUUUUUGA